AUGGAGUUCGUUUGCGAAUCUUGCGGCAGAGACUGCCGUCAAAGUCUCAUUCAAAUCGCAUUCACUGACGAGUCAAGACGUGCACCAAACACUUACGUCUUAAAGUCUGUGGUCGAGACAUUAAAUGCCGCGUCCGCGUCCGCGGCUGCCGCAGCGGCCCUCCCCUCUCCUCCCCAGACUCGCAAGGUCCGGAUUAGUUCGCAGCUGACAGAUAUUAGCCCCCCUGCCUCUAUCAAGUUUUUGUUCACAGUGAAGAUAUGGAAAUCGGGGUUUUCCUGCUCCAGCUGUCCCAGGGCCCAUCAUCCCUGGCCCGCCUCCAUCCCUCGCGGGCACUCCCCAGGCAAUAUGGGACCGGGAGGAACCAUAGGAUGCAGGCAUUGUGGCCUGGGCAAUCAUAUGAAACUCCUCGAGAAUUACUUGGAGAAACAAGGUCCAAUCCAGGACUUCCUUGCUGAGCAACGUCACUUCCUUGGGCUUGUCUUCGCUGCUUCUGGCUACAAGAAAGAUAUUGCUACGAUUGACAGUGAAGAUGCAUUCUGGAUUUGGAUCUUAUUAUCUAUGCCUCUGUGA